ACCUAAAAUGGCGUCCGUAGAUGUGUAUUGUGUUUGUGGCCAGCCGUACGACCCAAAUUUAUUUAUGAUACAGUGCGAUGUUUGCAAGGAUUGGUUUCACGGAAAUUGCAUAGAUGUGAAGGAGCAUGACGCAUGCGACAUCAUCAAGUACCACUGCCCUCAGUGCCAGUUGACCUUUGGGCCGUCAAUCUGGAAGCAGAGAACUAACUGGCAUCGGCACGACUACUCAGACCCCAAUGCAAGCGACAAGCCUGUGCAGACAGGUACUUAUGUGUUCAUAAAGGAACUGAAGUCGAGGCAUUUUGAAAGUGCGGAGAGCAUAGUGACUCGGCUGAAUGGGGACCAGUUCAACUUGCAAUACCUGCUGCACAGUGGGUUCACGAACCCAGUGUUGGUCACCAAGAAGGAUGGCCUUGGGCUUGUUAUGCCACCGGAGGACCUCACUGUCAGUGAUGUCAUGGAUUUCAUUGGGCCGGAUUUCAUGCUGGAUGUCAUCGACGUCCGGAAGCAGGAGGAUCUCAAAAUGACCAUGUCGGAGUGGGUUGACUACUUCAACAGCUACGAUCGCUCCAAGGUGUUCAACGUCAUCAGCCUCGAGUUUUCAGACACCAGGCUGUCUGACUUUGUGAAGCCGCCGUCGCUGGUUCAACGCAUCAGUUGGGUGGAGAACUGCUGGCCAUCACACGUGCCCAACAUCGGCGUGUACCAGCGUCCCGCCGUCAUGAAGUACUGUCUCAUGAGCACCGAGAACAGCUUCACCGACUUCCACAUCGACUUUGGCGGCUCCUCUGUGUGGUAUCACAUUCUCCGAGGGGAGAAGAUAUUCUACCUCAUACGGCCCACCCAAACCAACCUGAGUCUCUACGAGCACUUCAUGGCCUCGGCCAAUCAGAGUGAGACUUUCUUCGGGGACCAGGCGGACGCCUGCUACCGGCUCACUCUCACUGCCGGGCAGACGCUCUUCAUCCCGACCGGUUGGAUACACGCGGUCUACACAUCCGUCGACUCCAUGGUCUUUGGGGGAAACUUUCUGCACAGCUUCAACAUCGGCCUUCAGCUACAAGUGUAUGAAUUAGAGAAGAGAAUUGAUGCCCCGCACAAGUACAAGUUCCCCUCGUUUGAGACGACCCACUGGUUUGCCGCAUCGUACGUCAUCGAACAGCUUAGAAGUGCAACAGCAUCUGAGUUCAAACCUCCGAGCUUUCUGAUUGUUGGAGCAAAGGCCUUGAUGACCGCACUCAAAAACUGGACUCAAGAGCCCAAUUGUAAAUUGGACGUAAUUCCAAGUGGGAUCAAUGUACCCAAGCUUCUGAAAGAUAUGGCCAAGGAAGUCAGAGCAGCAGAGAAGAAACUGAGUGGCAAGGUCAAGGCCGAGAAAGAGACCAAGAAGGGCAAACAGGGAGCCGCAAAAGGGGCCAAGGCGGUGGCUGCUGCUGCCGUUGCCAACGUGCAGGAAAAUGUGACGCCACCCGUACGAGACACUGGUGGGGCUGCCCCACAGGGCAUAAAUAUCAAGGUUAAGCUGCCCGUGAAGGCCAAAGGAAAGGCAAAAGGCAAAGGCACCGGCGGCCUCAAGGCCAGGGCAGCAACAGCCGCGAAAAAGGCACAAAGUGUGAAACAGGAGAAACCCGCCCCGGCACCGCCACCUGUGACACCGUUGCACAAGGAGUCAGUGUACGACUUCAAUGACUCGGACGAUGACGGCCUGGUGGUAGACGAAAAUCCGCCGCCGCAGCCGCGUCGCUCGUACCAGCGGGCCGUGGCCGUCCCCGCCACGCCUGCCCUGCCGCCCAUCUCCACGUUUAGCAACAACGCCUCCAUGGGCAACUUUGCGGCGGCGGCAGCAGCAGCCGCAGCUGGCACCACGUCUUCCUCCGUCAUGGAGUCCCCGGACACCAAGCAAGGUUCUCUCAAGCUUCGGCUUUCAUUCAAUGGCAAGUCCAAAGUGGAAAAGAAGCCUGCAGUGAACAACAAGGCUGCCGGUGCAGCCGUGGUUCCCAAGUCGGCGACCGGAGAGGACACUGCCGACGUGCCGAAGAAUGGAACCAUCGACGACCUUCUGCUGGCGUCCAGCAUUGCCCUGGACACUGACAGCACAAGAGUCAGCCUUGAAGAAGAGUUGGGGGGCGGUCGAGCAUCGCCGUCGACACGAGACGCUAUCCAGGGCAUGCUGUCUAUGUCGAAGAGUGCGUUCACCUUCGGUCCGUGCGAUGGGGGUGGACCGAUGGGCCCCACGGCGCAGGAGCUCCUCGAGGGAGGUCCGUUAAGCACAGGCCUGGCGCUAGGGUUGGCCGGAGCGCGUAGUAGGAUCAAUCCGACGCCCACGCACAAGCGGCCUACGCCCUUCAGCUCUGCUGCCUCCCGGAUGCGAUCCGGUGAGGAAGAAGAUCUUGAGGAAUCUCUCCUCAAGGAGUGUCAUGCGGAUGACGACUAUGUAUACCCUGGACUGGAAGCCUCGGAUGACGAACUUCGCGUGUUCAAACCUCGAGGGCGAUCCAAGCGAGAUGAGGCCUGGAAUCCCAAAGCCAAACUCGCUCCCAACUGCCCAAAACCCCCACGCCCCACAAGAGAGGGAACGCAGAAAAAGUCUGUCAAGCGAACCAUCGAAGACACGGCAUCUAAGCUCGCCAAUAAGCCUCCUCCCAAGCGAUCCUACCAUCGCAAGAAGUCGCAAGUGCCAUCCAAAUCUAAGGAAAAGGACAUUGAGGAGUUUGAACCGGGGCCGUCCACGUCCUCAGCAGCCAGCAAAAAGCCCUCCCUGCCUCCGGAUGCCUUUAGGCUGAAGAAGCCGAAGAAGGGCUUCGCCACUGCAAAGCAGCGUCUGGGCAAGAUCCUCAAGAUCCACAAGAUGAUCUACUGAGAAGGAGACAGGCGUCGCGUGUGUGUGUGUGCUUGCGUGUCCAUAUUUCUUGCGCGUGUCAUCUACAGCAGAUGUGAGCAGCUUCACGCUUUUUUUUUUUUUCAUUUCAGAACUGUUCUCAUUUGUACAUAUUGCUCGUUUCAACCAUUACCUCAUUGUCUCCUCAUGCCCCAAUGUCAGACGCGAUCACCUCUCACUCUUCCCUACACCUCCUCUAAUCUGUAUUUUACUUCGCGGUGCAUAGCCCUCUGGGCUUCAUGGUGUAAAGCACAUGCAUUUCAUAAGGCACAUUAUGCACUUCAUAGAGUAUUUACAUAGAUGCGCUAUAUUAUAUUCAUAAACGUAUACAUAAUGUGCGUAUAUUAAACACAUAUACAGAUAUAUGUAUAUCAUAUAUAUAUAUAUAUUUCUCUAAAAUGUCACCGUUUCGUCAAAUUUUUUAGAGUUUUCAUCACGAGAGGCCCAUUCAAACUGAGAAGCGUGACCUGUUCAAAGUGACUCGCGAGAGGUCAGGUAAUGUUGCGUGGUACGCUUUCGAGUGUCGUGAUAAAGGUGAUGCGUCGGCUUUGCAUGCACCAUGUUUUUAAUCAGCGGUGGUUGUCCUGUAUGCGUUUUUUGGGACAAAAGGUACGCACACUUGACGUAUUGGAAUGCGAAGUGUUUUGUUUGAUUGCGUGUAGCAGUGGAGAGAGUGGUUGCAGUCAUGUUCCGUGUAUUCUGGACCUUGUAACUGCUUUAUAGUGCAGCGUGAUUGGAAAAAAUUUUCUUGCUAUUACCUUCCCUUUUUUCGUAGAAUUUGACAACUACAGUAUUAUUUUGAAUUGUUUUAAUUAUGGGCACUGAGGCAUUUUUUGGGAACACAGACGAAAAACAUCACUCGUUUCGAACGAGGCUUAGUUGAAAUCGCAGUCGCGGCUGCGAAAAUAAAGUUUCCUUGAAAUUAAGGUUUUUCGUUGCGAGUAUUCGUCCUCUGGCAAUGCAUUUUGCCAUUGCGUAUGUCGACCUAUAACUGGGUGGAGAAAUUUGAAACGUUCGUCUCCAAGUGGUGUACAAUUUGUGAUGGCAUUCUUAUUCUUUCUCCAAAUUGAGCGAUUUGGCAACUGUAUCAUAAGAAUUAUUAAGAGUUGGCAUUAUGUGCCAACUCUGAAUAACCCUAUUUGAGCAUUCCCACACAUGGUGGCGGUGCCACCUUUUUGCUGCCACUAAUCAUUGGAAGUACUAUUGCUUUCUUGGCGAGUCUAGCUGUAUUAUAGAGUCAUUUCAUUGCUUGGAAUAUUUCAUGGGAAGGGAAUAAAAGAAAAAGGUACAAAGUAAUGGUACCAGCGGCUUUGCCAAGAAUGCCUUCUGUUUAUUUCAAACCUUUUUUUUAUUUGGUGUUUUGAGUGCAAUCCUUGGAACUGGGACAAGACGCAGCUCCUGCUAAUAUUCGCCCUUUCUUUCUCACACCUCUCUUGUUUGGGCUGAUCACAAUCAUUAGCGUCUUUGUGUUAGUCGGUAAUCCGUAAUAAUGAAAAUCCAACUACAAAAUGCCUUCCUAUUGUCUUGCCAUCUUGGACUUCUCUUUUGAUGCAGACUGAUCACCAGCUUAGUCACUAACGAAACUCUGAACUCGCACGACUAAGUAUAAUAACGUACGGCCGUCUCAAUAGAUUCUGCUUUUGUUAUAUGGACACUAAGUGCUUAUUGUCGUGCUGUCACAUCGGCAUUGACGACACACGUGCAACAGUGCUUAACAGGGUUAUGUUUGAUUACCAAUUUAUGCAACAUUGUGUAUUAGCAGACACAUCAUCACACUCAGCUUUGCUGAAGCCAGCGCAGAAAUAUUAUUUUUGCGGCCAACGCUAUAACAUUCUUGAUAAAUAGCUGUGGACAUUCAUACCAUUGAAGCUGUGGUCUAAGCAGUUUGGGUGUACACAGCUUAAACAGUACAGAUAUUAAAACACCCUAGAGAAAUUUUUACAAAAUUGUGUUCACACGACUAAAAAUUGCUCCAUCAUACCACUGUCGCAAUGUUGUCUUCUGUUAAGGUAUGUCAAUUAUUUCAUCGCAGGCGUUUUAUAAAAGUCUCAUGUAGGCAAAAAUCGUGCCUCGAAUAUUGCCAUUAGCUUCUUAUUAUUUUGUGGGAUGCUGUCAGGAAAACACAGUGUCACGGUGCCAUAGUGGAGUGUUCAAGUGAUAGCCGCAUAAAUUAUGCCCAGUCAUUUCACCAAUGUGAAUGGCUUUCUGUCGGUCUGGCUCAUCUAGUGCAUCAUAGAGGUACUACACCCAUAAUUCUGGCAGCAGCGUUUUUUUCCAUGCUAACACUGUUACAUGCAUGUUGUGUAUUUGUCAUGCUGCUUUUUAUUCUGCAAAGCAGCUGUUGUCACACCUGUGUCGUAAUGCGUCACAUCAACGUAUUGGUAAAACCUAUUGUGAGCAGCUUAAGGGCUAUACUAAGUAUUGCUUUUACUUUCAAAGUUCCACAUUUGGACAGAACUGGCCUAUUUUUUUUUAUUGCGUUUCAUAACAGCGUUUAUCGUAAGCGUGACAGUGUCCUUCUUGCAAUAUGUUGUUUGAAUAUUUGUGGCAUUUUUUACAUUUCCACUUGUACUUUCGUGGGUGCAUAUGUGAAACCUUUUAUUCUUCUGCUGUGAGCCUUCAAGCUGUUCUGAAAGUUCUGAAAAAAAAUGUUGAAUUUGUUUUUGUGAUAGCUGAAGAGAAGUCUCGUGGUUUCUGAAGAUCUGUUCUGUCAUUUCGUGCUGCCAAUCUGUUUUUGGAUAUCAGGCCGAACAACUGCAAAGGGCCUGAAAGCGUUUGCACGUUUUAUAUAUUUUUUCCCCUAAGUGUACGUGUACUUUUUUUUUACAUGUUCGUACGUGCUUCAAAUCACAUAAUUGACCCGAUAUUUAAUUGCAUCAUGAGAAUAAUCACAUUUUUUUGUGGCUGUCCCAUUGUUAUUGCACACACCAUAUGUGUGUCCUCAAAGUUCACCUCAAACUAAACAAAACUUUCUAUAAUUGGGUGGGAAAAAUAUGCGUGAAUAGAUUGCACAAAUCUGUGCAUACCACAGCUUACACAUUUCUAUAGCAACAACUGAGCAUCGUUGUUUGAACAAAGCAAAGCUUCAUGAUGAUAUUGCGUGCUCAGCCGCCAUUGAAUCGGUGGCUGUUUGCAUUUCAAGGACAGUGCGGCUAUCCGGAAAUUCAAAUGCGACUUUCCUCUGGUGCUUUACAAUGGCGAAAUGUUUCUCUAUGAAGCUGCACAUGAAGGCAAAGCUUUUGCAUGAUUUAAUGGUUUGAUACUUACAUUUCUCCAUCUCUUGGUGUGUGGCUUCUGCACACGUUAAUAUGCUAGGUUGCAGACCCUUUGGACAGGUCUUGUUUCAUCAUUUGUACAUAUUGUGGUAGUUUGAAGCUAUACAGGAAUCGCAGGGAGUAAAGGGUUGCAAGUACAUCUUGUGCAAUGCUGUGUUGAUGCUUUUUAACGCUGAGCCUGUACAUAAUUUGCUGUACAUAGCGUGUUUUAACAAUAAACACCACUUUACUGUA